AUGGAAAAACCCAACUGCGAAGUUUCGAAACUCGGUGUCGAAACUAUACCAGUCGACUCUAGUAAUCCAAACGACUUUGGUUAUGAGGAGAAGGCCAUUAUUCCUCCACCUCCACCUCCUGUGAACCCUCCUGACGGAGGUCUGAGAGCUUGGCUUCAAGUUGUCGGUUGUUGGCUGGUUUUUUUCAAUGUCUGGGGUACGACCUUUGCUUUUGGUAUAUUCCAAAGCUAUUACCUUUUGAACAUGCUGCCUGGGGAAUCAUCUUCCACGAUUUCUUGGAUUGGCACCGUUGCUACCUAUCUCUUGAUUGUCGUGGGCGUCAUUUCUGGACCCUUGUUUGAUUUGGGCUAUUACCGGUCUAUGUUGUUUGGGGGCGCCGCACUGUCAUCAUUUGGUCUUAUGAUGUUGAGUCUGGCUACGAAGUAUUAUCAGAUCUUGUUGGCGCAAGGUAUCUGCUUGGGUCUAGGAACAGGUGUCUUGUACGUGCCCGGCCUCGCUCUUGUCAGUCGUUCAUUUUCCAGGCGCCGGGCUGUAGCAUUGGGCAUUGUCACAUGCGGUGCUCCAUUUGGCGGUAUAAUUUACACUAUCACAUUCGACUCUUUAAUCGACUCGCUCGGCUUUGGCUGGACGGUCAGAGUGAUGGGCUUCAUCAUGGUAGCUUCAUAUCUGAUUGCAUUUCCCCUGCUCCUCUGGGGAGCCGGUAAUACCGGGGAUAUUAGCAGUGGUACUGCGCGAAAACUUUUCGACAAAGCGGCUUUCAGGGAUUUGCCAUUCUGGCUGUACAGCUUCUCAUGCUUCUUCCUUUUUUUCGGCUACAUGGUUCCAUUCAUCUUCAUACCCAGCUACGGCCAAGUCAAGCUGGGUAUGUCUCGAUCCUUGGCACUUUACACGAUAGUCGUUGCUCAAGCCGUUUCAAUCCUCGGUCGUCUCGCGGCAGCUUUCAUCGCUUCACGAACUGGAAUCAUGAUUCCUUGGCUCGCUUGCGGUACUCUAUCUGCCGUCAUGUGUCUGGCUUGGGCUGGAAUCCAUGAUGUCGCCUCCUUCUUUGCCUACGCAGCAUUGUACGGUGGAUUCAGUGGCGCUCUUAUCCCGCUACCACCGAGUAUUUUCCCAGUCGUAUGCCCUGAUCCGAAAGUUCUCGGGGCUCGUCUUGGAAUGGCUCAAGCGAUCGGUGCCACGGCCUCGCUCAUCGGAAGUCCUAUUGCCGGCGCCUUGAUUCGUGACCAUGGACGCAAUUACCUCGGACUGCAACUGUUCAGCGGGUUCGUGAUGUUGGUGGGAGCAGCCUUGCUAGUAUGCCUCUGGGUCACUCUGGUCAAGCAGAGGAAUUGCCGAAAAUUGAUAUAG